AAUUAAUGGACCAAUCAACAUUUAUCUCGCCCAAGAUCAGUCCCAACUGUUACGCAACAAUAGCGACAAACCAUAUCGAUCCUGUUUGGAGAUAGUGGAGCCAUGCGUUUUGCGGGGAAUAACGCGGCCCAGAGGACUACACAUCCCAGCUGACGCAGCGGCGCGUCGCUUCACUAGUUCCACAUUGGAUGUAGUUCGCUGUAGUUAACAAUCCCGUCCAUGAUUCGGUUCAUUAAUAAGUAAAUAGUUGGGUGUCAUGGCGGAAUCUGAAGUGUGUCCCUCUUUCCAGCUGGGAAGACCCCGGUACGACCAGGGCUCCUUUCGCGGGCGGCUGAGACACUUCAUAGACAUCAUCGACCCCUCUACACUAUUUGUCUCUGAGAAACAGCUACAAGCCAAUCUCAAGCUUCUUAAUGAUUUUAAAAAUGGCAUCGUUCCACCAGGAGUUUCUGAUGAUCAGCUAUGGGAGGCUCAGAAGAUCAAGCAGGCCAUCAUUCAUCCUGACACAGGCGAGAAGAUCUUCAUGCCAUUCCGUAUGUCAGGUUAUGUCCCAUUUGGAACUCCAAUAGUCAUAGGCCUUCUUCUGCCAAAUCAGACUGUGCUGUCUACCAUUAUAUGGCAGUGGCUGAACCAAAGUCACAACGCCUGUGUGAACUAUGCAAAUCGUAAUGCGACAAAGCCUACGCCGAUAUCCAAGUUUCUCCAGGGGUACGUUGGAGCUGUUACCAGUGCCGUCUCUAUAGCAGUGGGACUAAACGUGCUGAUCGAGAAGGCCCACAGACUGAACCCUGCCACUAGAAUGAUCAUCCAGAGACUGGUGCCAUUCCCGGCUGUAGCCAGUGCAAACAUCUGUAACGUGGGUCUGAUGAGACACAGUGAGCUGUCUGAGGGUAUUGACGUCCUGGAUAAUAACGGCAACGUGGUGGGCUCAUCCAGAAUCGCUGCCCGACAUGCGAUCAUGGAGACAGCCUUCACACGCGUGGUGCUGCCGAUGCCCAUCUUUGUCCUGCCUCCCAUCAUCAUGUCCUACCUAGAGAGGCUCCGAUUCCUUCAGAAGAACCGACGACUGCUGCUCCCCAUCCACAGUGUAGUCUGCCUGGUUACCUUUGGCCUUUCUCUGCCUGUGGCCAUCAGCCUGUUCCCGCAGAUGUCCCAGAUUGAGGUGUCUCGCCUUGAGCCGGAGAUUGCCAUGGCAACUGAUUGCAAGGUGGUGACCUACAACAAGGGUUUGUGAUGGAUGGUGGGUGUGUGAGAAGAAGAGAAAACAGACAGUGAGCAGCAGAAGUAGAAAGAGGCUUGGUUUUUUGGCUACAAUAGACUGUUAAACACACUGUGCUGUUGCAGACCAUAUACAGUUAAGCCUACUCUAUGUGACAACUAAGCCUGUGUCUGUAGUCAUUCAUACUGAUGAGCUGUUAUACCAGUAAUAUUUUAAAAUAGUCUACUACUGGAUUAAUGUCCUCAUAUCAAUUCAUAGCCUUUUGAAGAACAGUAAAUACAAAGUAGGUCAGUAUUGUGUAAUUUCUCCAAGUCAGCUGCUAAUAGACCCUUUAAAAGUUUGUAAAUAAAUACAUUAUAAAUUGCAGAAUGGAGGCACCUGGAGGGAAAAGUGAACUGGGAUAUGAUGCAGUUAAACCCAUUUACAACAGUAUUAUUUAUGUUUUUUUGUUUUUUUUUUAAUAUAAAGGAAAUUAUAACACGUGUAAGUACAUUUAAUGACAAAAAAUGUUCGUUUUUAGGAAGUACUUGCAGAAUAAUUGACCCCACAAAAGUAAAAAUUUCAAUGUAUAUAAUAUAUUACAUACUCUACCACCAAUUAUAAUGGUGAAGCUCAAUAUAAUUUUGAGGCUAGAAAGUGCUGUUACUAAUACUACAAUUUGUUCUGUCCUUUAUAGUACAAAAGCAAACUAACUGACAUUUUGUUAUUGUUAUAAAUACUUUAAAACAUUAGCUGACGUGACAUUUUUGUUAUGGUCUAUUUGACCUCAUUUGAUGUGCCAUCUACAAGAACCAGAAACUUACAAUGCAAGCUUGGAGCAAUAUGUGCCCUGUAGAAAGAUGUGCAAUAAUAAUAUACAUACCGGUACUUUGAUUUAAUGGAAAAUAAUGCGUUAUUGUUUUUAAUGAAGGGAAUACUAAGGUGUUCUGUAAUUUACACGUAUAAUGGCAAUGGGAAUAUGAAAGCAAACUAUAAUAACCCUUUUCAUGUGAAUAGUAAACAUAUUUGUUUUAUAUUGUAGACUCUGGCCAUAAUUAUGCUACAUGUCUACUUCUCUAUCAGGAAAAGGAAAAUAAUUGAAAUACUGUAAUAAUAAGUAAGGCCUGAUCUUAAAACCAAUGUAACCCUAAUGAAUUAAUCUACGUAUACUACCUAAUAUGAUUUAUUUUGUAUUUUUGUGUAAUAAACUUGACAAAUUUAUAUAGUAUUUGCUAAUGGAAUAUAUAAAGCAAUGAAACUAUUCAAUAAAGGCACCAAUUGCUUUUCUGGCUUUUAACCC